AUGAAGCGAACGCUCGCGCAGCAAACCGAUGCGGGGGCGGCGAAGAAGCAGCGCGAUGAGUCAGACGACGACGAGCCAGUACUUCCCACCAGACCUUCGAGCUCGACCGGUCCGCCGCCACAAGCAUCGUCUUCAAGCAGCAUGGAACAGGCGAUCAAGAAGCCAACCGCGACCCUUGCCUCGAUCUUUCAGCCACGGACCGCCAGCUCCAGUGCAUCGGCGAAUGGAGCCUCUUCCUCUAGCGCUAAGCUCAAAUGGCUGGACUCGAUCGGGGCCAACAAGACCUGUCUACACGGUGUGUACGGGGAUCCGCAGCCAAGUUCAAAAGUCGCCUUCUACGAUCUCGACGGCACCAUUGUCCGGCCGAAGAACGGGAAGACAUUUCCAAGCAAGACGGACGAGUACGACUUUGACUUCCUGUUCUCGUCUCCACCCCGGGCAGGUAGCCUGUCGGUCAUACAGCGCAUACGGAAUCAGCACGCAGAAGGAUUUACCGUCGUCGUCAUCACCAAUCAGAAGCAAACCGCCUACUCGGCCAAGUCGGGCCUCGCGACAUGGAAGAAGAAGAUGGGGCAUAUCGCCGCUGCAAUCGACGUGCCGAUGCGCGUGCUGGCCGCACUAGGCGACGAUGAAUAUCGCAAACCGCGGUUGGGGAUGUGGACGGAGUUCGUGGCGAGAUGGAAUGGCGGCGUGGAGGUGGAUCUGAAGGAGAGCUUCUUCGUGGGCGACGCGGCGGGGCGCAAGAAAUAUCGAGACCAUCAGGACACGGACUUGAAAUGGGCGCUCAAUGCAGGUCUAGGCUUCUACACGCCGGAGGAGUAUUUCUUGGCGAAAGACAAGGAGUAUGAAAUCCCAAUGCGUCCCUGGUCGCCGUCGUCUGUCAUCCCUGGUCCGUCGCUGAAAGGCCUCGUUGCCGAGCCGGAGGACGAUGUGGUCACCGUCGAACUUUCCUCGAUAGACGAUCCAAACGUGGCACGAACGAUACUCGGCGACCAAAGUGCGCCCGAGAUCGUCCUCUUCGUCGGCGCCCCGGCGUCGGGCAAGACGUUUCUUUUCAACCGCAUCUUCGAGCCCGCCGGACACGUUCACGUCAAUCAAGACACUCUCCGCUCUCGUGACAAGUGCCUGCGCGCCGUGCGCGACACGCUAUCCUCCGACCUCUCGUGCGUGGUCGACAACACAAAUCGCGACCGUGCAACAAGGAAACACUACAUCGACCUCGCGCGGACUCUCGGCGUGCGCAUACGAUGCAUCUACUUUGACGUUCCGAAGCAUGUUUGCGUACACAACAAUCACUUUCGCGCACACCACGGACCGACAAGCGGAAAAGAGAAGAAGCGGUCCUUGCUGCCAUUUACAGCGAUAGAGAGCUGGUUUAAGGAUCGACAGCCGCCGAGGCGGGAGGAGGGGUUCGAUGCGGAGGUGGUCAGGGUGAGGUGGGGUUGGAGUGGCGAUGAGGAGGUGAAGAGACGGUGGGGGAUGUAUUAUCAUUGA